CUUAAUUACUCCAAAAUGGAAACCACUAAUUUUAUUGUCAAUCUUACAAUAUUAUUCUUGUUCUUUCAAACAUAUGGCGCAAGUAGCAACAACACAGCUUCCUCAAACGUUACAUGUAUCCAAAGAGAGCGGCAAACAUUGCUUUUAUUCAGACAAGGCUUCACAAACCAAUCAAAUUGGCUUUCAAGAUGGAUCGGAUUAGAAUGUUGUGUGUGGCAGGGAGUUGUUUGUGACAAUAGAACUGGUCAUAUUGUCGAACUUGAUCUCUCUUCGAAUGGUAUCAACUCCACCAUUCCUGCCUGUUUAUCAAACCUUACUGGUCUCGUACAUCUAAACCUUGAAAAUAACAGCUUCCAUGGUAGAAUACCAGAUUCUAUAGGAAAAUUGAGCUCUCUUUCUAACAUGGACCUUUCAUGGAAUCAAUUGUUGGGUCGAAUACCUGCCUCAAUUGGUGGCAUUUCAUCGUUAACAGAGCUCGAUCUUUCUAGUAACCAAUUGUCCUCCACCAUUCCUGUUUGGUUAUCAAACCUUACUGGUCUCGUACAUCUAAACCUUGGAAAUAACAGCUUCCAUGGGGGAAUACCAGAUUCUAUUGGAAACUUGAGCUCUCUUUCUUACAUGGACCUUUCAAUUAAUCAAUUGUCUGGUCCAAUACCUCCCUCAGUUGGUGGCCUUUCAGCUCUAACAUGGCUCGAUCUUUCCGAUAAUCAAUUGAGUGGGAACAUUCCCACUAGUCUUGGUCAGCUUUCAAACCUCGGAUUGCUUUUUCUUUAUGAUAACCAAUUGAGAGAGGUUGUUUCUAAGAUCACUUCACCAAACUCUACAAUCUAACCUGGUUGGGGUUGUCUCGUAAUUCAUUGAUAACGUUCAAUGCGAGCCGUCAUUGGAUUCCUCCCUUCCAAUUGAGGAUUUUUGAGGCAAGCUCCUGCUGCAACAUGGGACCCCAAUUCCCAAAUUGGCUUCAGACACAAACACAUCUACUAAUAUUAGAUCUUUCAAAUUCGGGAAUAAGAGAUACAACAAUACCACAGUGGUUUCACAACAUCUCCUCUCAUCUUGUGGCAUUGGAUCUGGCCGACAACAAGAUCGCAGGAAAUCUGCCACGGAUAAAUACCAACAACACAGGUAGGUAUACAAUUACUGGAUAAUUAACUUUUUAUUUUUAUUUUUGAUACUUGAUUUGUGAUCAGAUCUAUUUCCCAAAAUCUGCCAUGAAUAAUCUUUUCAUUCAUUUAUAUAUCUGAGUUUAUAAACUGGAUAAUAACUUUGUUUGUUUGAACAAAGUUAAUAAUUAAUUAAUAC